AUGGAUCUUACCAAGUCCACUUCCGAAAAUGCAAGGCUUGACAAGGUUAGCGUUCGAUACAAGGCCGGGUUCAAUCAAAGCGAUGAAAAACUUGUUCUACCAGCUGCCGAGCCAGUCACCCAAAAGCCCGAAAAUGGCAUGCAGGCCCUUUGGAGUUGGAUUCGAACGCCAGAAGGGUUUCUGAUAACAAUAUAUGGACUCAGCGUCGUUGCAUGGGGUGGUAUGCUCUUUCUUCUUAUGUGUAAUGUCGCGCCUGCUAUGUGUCACCCAUCCUGCAACGACCUGUACUCAUCGCGACGUAAAUGGAUUGAGAUUGAUUCUCAAAUUCUCAACGCCUUGUUUUGCAUUCCGGGGCUCGGUUUGGCUCCAUGGCGAAUUCGGGAUCUCUAUCUGUGGAUCAUGUGGAGGCUGGGCAGUAGUAUGUCAGCCUUCAACUCCUUGCGUGUCAUUUACUCUUCGUGGUUCUAUUGGAACUCGGAUGACGAUGUGUCGAGCGAAUCAUUUCACCAAGAACUACCAUUGGGAGAUUUCGCAAGGACCAAAAAGUGGAAGUUGGACCUAAUAGUAUGGUGCAACACCUGGAACACAAUAUUUCAAGCUUGCUUAGCGGGCUGCAUGUGGGGUAUGGAUCGAUUCAAUCGUCCUAGUUGGACCACAGGCUUAUUUGUUUGCUUGGCUUGUACUGUUGCCGGCGUCGGUGGGUUUGUCACGUACAAAGAGACUCGGAGGACGAGAAAUCUCCAAAAUCAGCUUCAUGAGGUCUCCUAA